AUGCGACCCUACGGCGCCCCGGGCGGCGACCCCGGCGCCGCGCCCCCGGCGCCGGGCAUGCGGCCGCACGCGCAGCCCUGGUCCGGCCCCGAGGAGCCGCCCUUCGCCGACCAGUUCUCCGCCCUGUCGCUCGCGUCGAGUUGGCGGCCGACGGCGGCGGCGGCGCCGCCGCCGCCGCGGCCCGCGCCGGCGGCGGACGUCUGGCGCGCGCCGCCGGCGGCGCACGCGCCGCCGCCGCCCCUGGGCCUCCUCGCGCCGUCCGUGCUCGAGCGGGCCGCCGCCGACGACCCCCGGGACUUUUACGGUUCUUUCGCGCCGCCCGCGGCGGCCGCGGCGCCCCAGCCCGGCGGCGGCGGCGGCGGCGGCGCGCUCAGCGGCGAGGAGGCGUCGCUCGCCGCCUACGUCACGGGCCUGCCCGUGGCCAUGCGGCCCUGGGAGCUCGCGGCGGCCUUCCGCGACUGCGGCGCGGCCCGCGCGGAGCUGCUGCCCAUCAAGUUCCCGGGCAAGGGCACGCGCAGCGGCCUCGUCGUCUUCGCGACGCCCGAGGGCAUCCAGGCCGCCCUCGCGCGGUCCCCGCUCAGCGUCGCCGGCGCGAAGCUCGUCUGCCGCCGCUUCGGCGGCGGGAGGCCCGCGGCGGGCGGCGCGACGAUCUCCCGCGACGAGCGCCAGGCGCUGAGCCGCCAGGGCGUCCUCAUCUUCGUCGGCUCCAUCCCGACGAACGCGACGGACGUCGAGGUCAAGGCCGCCUUCGGCGUCUUCGGCAACGUCGUCCGCUGCUGGUCGUUCCUCACGACGUCCGGCCAGCAGGACCUCCUCUGCGCCUUCGUCGUCUUCGCGGACGUGGCCUCGGCGAAUCGCGCCGUCGACAGCCACCGCGCCGGCGGCCGCGUGGCCAUCGGCGGGCGCUUCGUCGUCAUCGAGCGCCCCUCGGGCUCCGAGGCGCCCGGCGCGGGCCGCGGCGACCUCGGCGUGCCCUACGACGCCGCGGAUCGCGUCGUCCGCGCCGCCGCGUCGACGCCGUCCCUCGAGCCGCAGACGGCGCGGGGGAUCCACCCGGCGACGUGCUGCCCCCUCACGGGCCGGGUCAUGCGCGACCCCGUCGUCGCCGCGUGCGGCAACUCCUUCGAGCUCGAGGCCAUCGCCCACUGGCUCGCGCGCAACGAGACGUCGCCGGUCACGCAGGAGAAGCUCGCGUCCAAGCUCCUCUUCCCCAACGCGGCGCUGCGCAGCAUCAUCCGCGCGGGCCAUCGGCCCUAGAGUCCGCGCGCCGC